UAGUUACGAACGUCACUAACCACGGAACCGAAUGUGUCUAAGGUCUCGUUUCACACGGACUGUUUUUUGUAGGGGACCAGAGCUUCGAAGACUUCGCAGCAUGGAAGUGAAAAACGCAAAUGCUGCCAUGCUCAGUAACUACGAGGUGUUCAAGCUGCUGACCGACCUGAAGGAACAGAGGAAGGACAGCAAGAGCAAACACAGCACGGGGCAUCAGAAUCUCAACACCAUCAUGUAUGAGACGCUGAAGUACUUGUCCCAGAUGCCGUGCAGCCGACAGAGUCCGGAGAUGGUCAAGGAGUUCCUGUCCUCCAUGAAGCACCAGAAGCUGACAAAGGCCGAGAAACUGCAGCUCAUGAACCACAGACCACAGACCGCAGUGGAGAUGCAGCUCAUGGUGGAGGAGAGCGAGGAGCGUCUGUCGGAGGAACAGAUCGAGGAUCUCAUCCAGACCAUCUCACAACUGUUACCCGGCGAUCCCGAGCAGGAAGAGGCUGCUGCGGCCGACACAGAGAUGACUUAGAAGAGCGGCGGAGGAGAACUCUUGACGUCCCUCGCGGGAAGUCGCUGAUGUGCGGUCUGUUUAAAGGAAGUAUGAACAUUACAGAACAUUUGAGCUGAGUGAAACCUUUUCGUUUUGUUCCUGGAUGCAUUACAAAGAUAAGCAAGGCUUCAAAUAUGUCCAAAGCGUGAACGUUUUUGCCGUUUGUACAACUUAAAAAUAGAAUAGAAUGGACUUUAUUGUCAUUAUAUUUGCAUAUAACGAGAUUAAGGACUCUAAUUUAAGGUGCGGUAGUGGGAACAAAUAUGGGAUAAAAAAUAAAUUGCAUAUUAGGUAAUAAUGACUCCAAGCACACGGGUUGGUUUACAAAAGUAAAAGUAUCAAAAGUGUCCCUUACAUUAGCUUUAUUUUCAUGGAGGAAUAGAAAAUUACAAGGGCUGUGAUUGUUUGGGCACCACACGAUUCCAUUCUUGGGGGUAACGAUUUGAUUCAGAAUAGAUUCAAAACUAUUCUUAAUUCAAAAUAAAUACUUUUUUUUAAUGACUCUGGGUGCCAGUGUCAUUAAAGAAACCAGACUUUCUAAAGAAACCAGACUUUGCGGAAUUCUACAGAACUCAGCAAGCAUAUUUGGAACCUCAAAGACAAUAAUGUUGAAUAUUCAAUAACAUGGCAGAUUCUUGCAUCCAGCACACCUUACAACAGUGGUAAUAAAAGAUGCAACCUAUGCUUAAAAGAAAAACUGUUUAUUAUAUAUCAUCCAGAUCUAUCAUCCCUCAACAAGCGCAGUGAAAUCAUUUCAACAUGCCGCCACAAUCUCCUGAUGAUUGAGGGAACCCCUCAUGAAACAGUUCUGUAGAGACGAAGUAGUCUUGUGAUUUUUCCCACACCUACAUACACAUACAUAUACAUAUUUAUAAAUAUAUUCCCUACAAUUUUUUAAUAAUUUUAGUUUUUAAUCGAUUAAUAAUCGCGAUUCAUUAGAAAAUCUAUUUUUUUUUUGUGGACACCCGUGAUAUGAACAUUUUCUAUGGAGAUUAGGACAGGAUAGAGUCGACUUACUACAACACAGAAUGGGUAAAUUGUGUGGUUGUGGUGCAGGUUAAAAAAAACUCCACAACAAAUUAGGUAAAAAAACAUGAAACUAGCUGCUGUGUCAGCGGCACCAUUUCUACUUACAACUACAAAAAUAAAACUACAACAAACCAAAAAAAAGCGCAAUAAAUAAUACAUAAUUUAAACACCCACUUACUGUACACAGGGAUGUCCUCUGAAGUGCAACCAGGAGAGCCGACUCCGUCCUAGGCUGCCCACUAGCCCCCGGCCAAUGUCCGCUCCGUGCAAAUCUGCACUCUGGUGCAUCCUCCUUUUGUGUUCUUGAUGUUUUCUUCUUGUUUUCAUGUCCUUUUUGCCUUCUGAUUUGCGGCCUUUGGUGACAUCCUCGUGGCUUAUUGGUGAACUUUUGGAUCUGCCUGGUUGAGCCUUUUGACCAAGGACCAUGUCAACAAAAUCUUUCCUAAUAAAACCACAAAUGACAGCGAGGCAUUUGUGUCAAUGAAGCAGCAGUGGGGUGAGUAGAAGACAACUACUCAAUCAACCCUGGGAAAAAAAAUCCAAGUAAAUUGCAAAAAAUCUGACUUUUAUCGACCACCGGGAAACAAAAGCAUGAACGUUCUGAUUCUUUGUUUCCUGUCAGACCCUUUAAGUGACGGACACAUUUGCACAGAGAAGCAAAAACGGUAGAAAUUCAGACGUGUAAGAUUCAUCGUGAAACGUGGUCAAAUCUUUCUAAGUAGAUAUUGUGUAUAAAGAUUUUUAGUCUGUUUUGUAUCGAAACUAUGACUUUGUGAAGUCUUUUGUAUUCGUGGUUGUGUUGUUUUCUUGUCGAAGAGUAACAAUCAGAGCUUGAAGUGCUAAAUUUGACCAGUAGAGGGCAAUAAUGCUUACACCUUAGAUUUAAUUGUGAUGACACAUACAUCAUACGUGUAGAUUUUGUUUACGUUCUAUAUGCGUAAACAUAUAAAGUUGUAUGUUUCUAUUUUAAUAAUGUAAAAUACAUAAUGGACCCCCUUAUUUUUGUAAUGUCAAUAUUUGAAGUCUGACAAUCUUAAUUGAAAAGGAAGGAAAAUCCAUCCCCGACAAAACUUCUGGAGCUUCUGUUUCUUCGUGCUGUUAACUAUCGAGUAGCGAGGGCGGAAUAAGGAAUUUAUUGACAGUGCGGCAUGAAAGCCGAUGUGUUUACUUUCUAAAUUAAGUUGUUUGCAUGCUUUUUUAUUUUAUUUCUCUUUGCUAGUUGGGCUUAUUGGACCCUAAUCAGAAUAAAAAACUAAAAAUCA